UUGACGUCACAAUCUUUGUGUUUCCCGGCACUUUUUGAAAACACUGAAAAUUUUGAUAUUUAAUACUAGUAUUUGAUUGUAAAACUACAUUUGAUAGCUAAGAAUGGAAGAACAGAUUCCGAAUUUCUCUGUUGAUAUUGAUGAAGUCAAAGAACCAGAGCGAAAAAAAUCACGCUUCGCCGUUUACAGCGAGAAAGACCUUGACAAUCUAGUUGAUGAAAGCCAAGCAAAAUCAACAAAAUAUGCCACAGCAUACGCUGUAUCGGUAUUUAAAGAGUGGGCUUCCUCAAAAGGAAUUGAAGAAGAAAUAGCAAUCAUGAGCAAAGAGGAGCUCAAUGACAACCUAAAAAGUUUCUACGCCGAAGCUAGAAAUAAGGACGGAGGAAACUAUAGCAAAAGUACCCUGCUCGGAUUCAGGAAUGGCAUAGAGCGCUAUCUCAGCAACCCUCCCCAUAAAAAAAGCUUUCAUAUUGCCACUGAUCCUGCCUUCAAGCAGUCAAACCAAAUCCUCGAUGCUAAACUUAAAAGCAUGAAAAAGAAAGGCGAGUCAAAUGUUCAACACAAACCUGCCAUUGAGCCAGAAGACCUUCGCCGUCUAAAAGAGAGCCAAGCUAUAAGUCCAACAACACCUCAGGGCCUCCUAUUCAACGUAUGGUUCCAUAUUACGCUGUACUUCUGUCGUCGUGGUCGAGAGGGGCAGAGAAAUAUAAAAAAGUCCAGUUUUGCUUUUCUUCGUGAUGAAAAUUCACGGCCAUACGCUACGAUGACGCACGAUGAAGCGACAAAAACACGACAGGGAGGGCUAGAUGACAGAUCUGCAAGCUUUGAAAAGCUUGGAAGAAUCUACCAAACCGACCAUCCAAACGAUGGAUAUCAUGCUCUCUGCCUGUAUGUGGAGAAAUUAAAUCCCGAAUGUGAAGCAUUCUUUCAGUUCCCGAAGCGUUUUUGGAAUGGCGAGCAAGAGAAAGUUUGGUUUGAGCGACGAUGCCUUGGUGUAAACAAGCUCGGAGAGAUGAUGAAAGACCUCAGCAGAGCCGCAAACUUGUCACAGAUCUACACUAACCACUGUGUGAGGGCCACUGCUAUCACACUGUGGUCCAAUGCUGGCCUGUCAAACCGACAUAUUAUGUCUUUAUCUGGCCAUAGGAAUGAAAAUUCCCUCCGUAGUUACAACGCACGGCCAUCGUCACAACAGCUACAACUAUGCAGCAAUGUCUUGUCAUCUGCACUAAACUCAAGCAUAGCCUCUAACCAAAACAUCCAUAGCAGGCACGACGAAAGCUUCUCCUUCGCUGGAAUGUUCGCCGGGGCACAGAUUAGCCACGUCCAUGUACAAUUUAGCCGCGAUCAAGCAAGGGAUUGACUUACAUUUGACAAAGUUUACGUCUCUUACUAGUUUGAAAACAUUUCUGUCGAUAUUUUGUGUAAUUUAGCUCAUAAUUCAAGCCAACUUUCGACGAUUUUCUACUUCUUCGCGUGCAAAUUCGCCGCUCAACAGAGAAAAAAUUUGACAUUUCAAUCCCGCUUUGUGAUUGGCUAGUUAAG